AUGCGAUUGUCCUCCAUAAUAACACUACUCGCAGCAGCCGCUGGCGGCAGUGCGUGGCAGAACUCGUUGGCCUACGAGUUCGAAACACACAACUGCAAGGGCGGGUUGACCGGCGCACACCUAUCCAUGAAGUAUUGGAAAAUCCCCAUGAAGAACGCGUCCAACAGCGUGGUCACGUAUACAGUCAACAAGGGCGUCUUCCGGUGGUACGCGUACUCGGCCACCACGGAGGACGGGCACGACUGCUACGGCGACGUCGUGGGGAAGCUCCAGGAAGGCUGCAACGACCUGGACAAGUUUGUGAGCAAGGGGGGCCAGAGGAUAAAGUGCAUCAUGUGGUGCAAUAGCUGGGCGAGUAAGGACAAGAAGUACUCGUGCGCGGCGAUCGGCCAGGAGUGA